GCUGGAUCGUUGGACAAGGUCAAGUCGGAUUAGCCCCGUCUCAUUCCGGGGCUUUGGCACCAUACCUGAUAACGUAUAAAACAUUGGAACCCGGUCUCAGAAAACAGCACUUGCCGACCAGCACUCCAGUCGAUAGCAUUUCCACAAUCAGCACUCUUUUCGAAGCACUACAGGAUGUCUCGUAUCGCCAUUGCCGCCGUCUUCAUCUGCCUGGCCGUUAUCCUGGAGGGACAACAGGCUCAGGCUGCCAUUGCCAGGGUUAAGGCCGCCAAUCCAGAUCAUCCUGGCAAGUGUGUCCUGGGCCCCAACUCUGUGAUGUCCCCUGGCCAGAUUGGCAAGGCUCCCAACCAUCCUUGUGCCGGCGUGGAGUGCCACGGCGAUGGCCAUGCCACCAUUACCACCUGCGCCGCUGUGGCGCCACCCAAGGGCUGCAAGCUCCGUGACUUUGUCAACACGAAUCGCGACUUCCCCGCCUGCUGUGAGCGCAGCUACGAUUGCUCCAAGCACAUCUAAGCGACCC